AUGGAGCAAUCAGAAGCUGAUGGUAGAACCCCAUCUUUAACAAGUAAUAAUAUAUGUUAUAUGUUGUUUAAGAUUUUUAAUUCCCAUAAUUCUGGUCAUGGUAGACUUGUCUUACAUAUGUCUAUAUUUUAUUCCUUGCAGAAUGACCUGAAUAAUGUUUGUCCCAAAGUCCUACCCACCUAUCAAUGGCACCUGAAAGUGCUAAUGAAGACAGAUCAAAACCAUGCAGUGUACAAUAAGGGAAACUUUGCCAGAAUAGCAGCAUUACUCUACUCCGUUUUGAUUUCCAACUUUGCACAAUCUUUGACAUGCACUGCAGCUUUCUACUUCUACAAGUGCAAAUUUGUAGUGCCAGCAGUUUGA